ACUCAGGCGUGCCAUCACAAAGUGCACGAGCGUGUUAUUUCCGAGAACGUAGACACAGGAAUUGAUCUGCUGGAGAUAAUUGUCGGUUCAGAAAGUGUCUAGCGCGUGAGUGUGUGCGCUCACAGUGGUUGUGGUGGUGGCGAUGCACGAGCGUGCACUCACGUCCUACAACAUGAAGACGGCCAGCCGUGAGUCCUUCUACCUCUCCGACACAUCCACCGACGCCACAAGCUCCGCCCUAGGUGCUCACGUGACCUACACAGGUCAGCUGGAUGACCCCGUGGGUCACCUCACCUACACGGGUCAGCUGGAUGACCCCGGGGGUCACCUGACGUACACGGGUCAACUGGAGGAGUACAUCAGCCGCUACAAGCGCCGGCCACCGGACAUCAAGUACUGGCCGUACGGACCCUACUGGCCGCGCCAUUACGACGGGCUGCUGCUCAACACGCCCAGACAUCUGUGGGCGUGGCCUAGGGAGGCGGAGCCGCUCGUACGGGCGGAGUUUGGACGACAGUUGAUGGUGGUCACUACGAGUACGAGCUGGUGCUCAAGUCUGACCUGUACACGGCCCGCCACACCCAGUGGUACUACUUCAGGGUCAGCAAUGCCGUGCCAGGGGUCACCUACAAGUUCCGCAUCGUCAACCUGCUUAAGAGAGACAGUCUCUACAACCACGGUCAGUCCUUGUCGUUGUCGUCGUCGUCGUCGUCGUCGUCGUCAUCAUCAUCAUCAUCGUUUGUUAUUAAAAUUGAAGUUUCUUCAUCUGCGGUAUCGGUUGCAAGAACUCGAGAAAUCCUUUGUCCAACUUCACAUUAUAAAUAUUGGCAAAAGCAAGAAAUACCUUGUAUAUACAAGGGGCAUACCAACAGUUUGUUUACCUGACCAUGAAGGAAUAAAGGUAGAAGGCUGAAAUUUGGGGUGAAAGCCAACGAUUGUCUUCCUGGAAUGCUUGUAAAUUUGGGGGAAUUUCCAAUGACUGGUUUUACAACCAGCGCACUGUAAAUGAAUAGGGGUAUGUUGUUCUCCAGUUUCAACAUAAAAUUGAAGAAAAUUGAGCACA